AUGCCGCAAAACCCGUUUGCAUCCUCACCAACCACGGUAGGGGAAAGCGUGCCUCAAAAUCAAACAUCCGCAUUAAUUUCAUGCUCGACCUCCUUACCUCACCCUUUAACUAUUGCCGGUAUCCCAAACAAUUACGUGUUGCUAGCUACAGCCAUCGUUUUGGUUAGGAAUCGAGCUGGAACGCUGGUGCCCUGUCGAACGAUUCUUGAUUCUGCAUCUCAGCUCAAUUUCAUAACGUCCCGUCCAGCUGGCCAUCUACAACUAAAUCAUCGUCAUUCGCCCAUUUCGAUAUCUGGCAUUGGAAAAUCGUCGCUCAGCUCUAAUAAGGCAGUGGAAGUUGUUAUGCAGUCUCAGGAUGGUGGAUACAAGUCUUCUUUCACGGCAGUUGUUACUAAGGUCAUCACUGACUAUCAGCCGCAUUGCGACAUUAAUGCUGCUGGCUGGGAUCUGCCUAAGAAUAUAAGCUUGGCUGACCCUUUAUUCUAUAGAUCUCAGCAAAUCGAUAUGCUCAUGGGGGCGGGUCUAUUUUUCGAUUUGAUCUGCAUUGGACAGAUACAGUUGGCUGAAAGGUUGCCGUCGCUCCAGAACACCAAACUUGGUUGGAUCGUCUCUGGAGGUCUGGCCAACUACAUCACCAAUCGCUGCGCUCUGGCUGCGGCAGCUCGACCGCACAUACUAAAGGAAGAAGAGGAUUCUCUGUCUGAAGUUGUGAAGCGUUUUUGGGAGCUUGAAAACUGUUACUCAUCGGAGGCAGUUCCAUCAAGUGAGGAUACACUCUGCGAGCGAUUGUUCAAGGAAAACUGUGCUCGGCUGGAAAAUGGUCAAUAUUCUGUUCGGCUCUUGGCUUCUGCUGGUUUUGAGGCCCUUGGCGACUCAUUCUGUCUCACUCUUCGUCGAUUCAAAGGUCUUGAGACAAAGUUGCUAAGAAAUCCGUCACUAAAGGCUCAGUAUAGCGCGUUCCUUCAGGAAUAUCUAGACUUAGGGCACAUGUCUUUGGCCUCCAACACACAGAAAUUGGCACAGUUUUUCUUGCCGCAUCAUUGCGUUCAAAAACUCGACAGCAGCAGCACGAAACUUCUUGUUGUCUUCGACGGAUCCGCAAAGACCACAUCCGGGCGUUCCCUAAAUGACUUGUUGAUGGCGGGUCCAACCAUUCAGCCAAAAAUAUUCAACACACUGGUUCGGUUCAGGUUCUUCAAGAUUGCACUUUGUGGAGACAUCUGCAAGAUGUAUCGCUGUGUACGGAUAUCGAACCCGGAUGAAUAUUUGCAAUGCAUCCUUUGGCGAGAAGCGCCUACUGAUGAAAUCAAGGUGUACAAGCUGGAGACCGUGACGUAUGGAACAAAGCCCGCCGCUUUUUUGGCCAUUCGUGCCAUGCACCAGCUAUCGUACGACGAGGAGGUAUCAUUUCCUAUAGGAGCUCAAGUUGUAAGAAGGGAUUUCUACGUGGACGAUCUCAUGUCUGGUGGUGACACAAUUUAA